AUGCAUUUCGGUGCCUCAUAUCGUACAGCAGUGUUCUGUAUCAUCGCCACUGAAUUUUGCGAGAGAUUUUCAUUUUGCGGACUAAGAACUAUACUAUCUUUAUACUUAAGAAACAUUUUGCUGUUUUCUGAAAAUGCCUCGACGGUAAUCUAUCACGUCUUCAUAAUGGGAUGUUACAUAGUACCUUUGGUAGGCGCUAUCUUUGCCGACAGCUAUUUCGGAAGAUACAGAACAAUCCGAAAUUUCGCCCUGAUAUAUUUGGUUGGAAACGUCUUGAUGUGUGUUGCUGCUGUUCCCUCUUUCGAGUUACCACCCGUCACAUGCUCGGCCCUAGGCCUGAUACUGAUAGCGAUCGGCACUGGGGGCAUAAAACCCUGCGUCGCCGCCUUCGGCGGGGAGCAAUUUCAUCUGCCGGAUCAAAGGGAGCUGCUAACGCAUUUCUUUUCGAUAUUCUACUUCACGAUCAAUUUGGGCGGCUUCGUCGGGAUGAUACUGACCCCGAUAAUGAAGAAGGCGGUGUCCUGCUUCGGGGACGACACCUGCUACGCCCUGGGUUUCGGGUUCCCCGCCGCGUUGAUGUUUUUGUCGAUUUUUUUGUUCAUAAUUGGCAAGAGCUUCUACAAGCUGAAGAGCCCCAAGAGGAACAUAAUGCUGCAAUUUUUCAAGUGUGGCACAUUCGCUUUAGCCAGGAGUUGUAAGAGCAGCAGGAGGUACGACCACUGGCUGGACCACGCACGGGGCAAAUUCGACCUGAAACUGAUACAAGAGAUGAAAAUUGUUUGCGCCAUCCUGUUGCUGUACACCCCGCUUCCUAUAUUUUGGUCCCUCUUCGACCAACAAGGGUCCAGAUGGACGUUUCAGGCUUCCCACAUGGACGGAAACUUCCUGGGAACCCAAAUAGUCCCCGAUCAGAUGCAAGUUGUGAAUCCUGCAAUGGUCCUCAUCCUCAUUCCCAUAUUCGACCGCAUCUUCUACCCGUGCUUCGCCAAGCUCCACGUCCUGGAGAAUUCCCUCCACCGCAUGGCUUUCGGCGGAAUAGUAGCCGGUCUGGCCUUCUUCUCCGCUGGCAUCUUGGAACUAGUCCUGGAAACCACUUAUCCCGAGCUGCCCGAUAAGAACCACGCCUCCAUCAACGUGGUGAAUACGUUGCCCUGUGACCUGACUGUUAUAAAUCCCUUCAACGGGGUCCAAACUAUCAACUCGAGCGAGAUCUUCAGGUUUAAAAACAUGGUCUGUCAUAACUACACGAGGUACACCAUCUUCAUCGAGGCGCCGCUGUUCUGCGGGUCGCUGCGCUUCAAGAGGCACAAGUUUCAGUUGGACGUCAUUUCUGUUGAGUAUCAGAUCGACACCGUCCUCAUCGGCAUAAACUCAAUGGACGAGAUCCAGGCCUACGUAACUGACCCGGUGGAUUUCCAAAAGUCGAUAAGUGGUACGCCGCGUAUAAGAAUCGCCUACAUAAAAAGUGCGAAUCGGCUGCACAACGUGACGGUGACUCUCCAAAACGUCGCCGGCCUGCAGGAUGUUUACUUCGUCCACGAUUCCAGCGACUCGAGUUUGGCGGUGUCCGCCUAUAUGGAGCUGUCCCAGGGGGUAUACGAAUGCAAGAUUGGCAGCAAUGAGAACAGACACUUAUACGAGAGAAAUUUCCACUUGGCUCUAGGCGGUGUCUACUCUCUUAUAAUACGAGAAAACAGGGAUCGUAUCGAGUUUGUGAAGCUGUAUACUAUGUCUGUACCGAAUACCGUGAAUAUUUUGUGGCAAGUACCUCAGUAUUUCCUGAUUUCCGUUGCUGAGAUAAUGUUCGGCGUGGCAGGACUUGAAUUCUCUUUCACACAGGCCCCCAGGAGCAUGAAAACCGUAACCAUCGCCGGGUGGUACUUAUCCGUGGCAGUCGGGAACUUCUUGGUAAUAAUAAUAACUCAGCUGAAUAUGUUCAAAAGUCAGGCGCACGAAUUCUUUUUGUUCGCCAUUCUCAUCGUGGCCGAUAUGAUGCUGUUUAUGGAGAUGGCGUCCAACUACAAAUUCGUUCAGGUUUGCGAGGCCAGUUCCUCCUGUAUACUACCAGAGGAAGACGACCUAUCUAUCGACCUGUAUGAUAUCGAAUAUACUACCGAUGGGAGCACAUAACCAUUGAAAUAAUAAAUCGUUUAAAAUCUGUUACG